AUGCGGAGCAAAGUGGCAAGGCCGCAGUCUGCACGUUUUUAAAAGCCGGCCAAAUUCAGUCCUAAUCGAAUUCAAAACAAAGCAAAAGGAUCCUCCUCAGCGAAAACCAGGAUGUUCAUGAACUCGAAUUUCUUCGAGCCGGGCAAAUCGAAGCCGGAGCGUAGCUUCGUUCAGUUGGCGGUGAAGCAAAACCAGCGCUUCGAUGGCCGGCGCUCCAACGAGUGCCGCGAUGUGGAGCUGACCUUCGGCGCAGAUUGGGGCACCGUGGCUGUGUCCAUGGGCGACACGAAGGUGCUGACCCACGUUACCUGCGACAUGGGCACCCCGGCCACGUCUCGGCCCAACGAGGGCAAGCUCCAGCUGAACGUGAGCCUUGGCGGUGUGGCUUUUCUGGACGAGGUGCAGACCACACAUGACCAGCGUUCGCUCACCCUGAAUUCCCUGCUCGAGAGGACCUUCCGCAGCUCCAGGAGCGUUGAUCUGGAGUCUCUGUGUGUAGCCGCCGAGCAGCAUGUGUGGUGCAUCCGUGUCGAUGUCAAUGUACUCAAUCACGACGGAAAUCUGUAUGACGCCAGCACCAUAGCCACCUUGGCUGCAUUGAUGCACUUCCGUCGACCGGAUGUCACGUUUACGGACGAUGAGCUGCGCAUCUAUACGGAAAAGGAGCGGGAAUUCAUUCCACUGCUAUUCCUUCACUAUCCCGUCAGUGUAACCUACUGUAUUUACAAGAGCAGUGGGCAGCCAAUAGUAGAUCCCACGCUGCUGGAGGAGAACGCUGCCGAUUCGGUGAUUGUCCUGAGCUUUAACUCGUACCAGGAGCUUUGCAGCCUUAAUGCCGGAGGCACUGCACCCACAAAUGUCCGCACCAUCAUGCAGUGUGCCCGCAAUGCUGCGACUCGUUGCAAGUCCCUAGUGGAUUUCAUACGCAAAGCCUUGUCGCUGGACGAAGAGCGUCGAUUGCAGGGCGGUCGAUUGGUCAAUGGACUGGUAGCUCUCAUUGGAAAUACGCAACACAAGCUAAGUUUCAACAAACUAAUGUGCUGCCAAAAGCAGGAACAGCAGCCACCUCCAACCGAGAAAAUGGAAUUGGAUAACGAGAGCAGUGAGAAGCCCGAGGUCGAGGAGAUUGAAGUCAAGGAAGAGCCGUCCAACCAGGAAACAGGUGACGCCCCCAUGGACUCCAGUGGUUGGCUACCCCAGGAUGAGGACUCCCAGGAACUGCCCAUACCCUCGGAAGCAUCCACAUCGAAGGCAGGAAAGGGCAAACCAAGUCGCAGCAAAAACAAGGCGAAUAAAAAGCCACAGCCGAAUAAACAAAAUCACAGCGACUCUGAGGAAGAAGCCAGGCAAUACAUCUAGCCGAUGUGAUAGUCAUGUAGUUAAGAGAAAAUGCUUUCUAUUAAGUUUUAUUUAGGCUUAAAUGUAUGGCUAAAAUCAGUCUAGGCUUUAACAGAAAUCGUUUAAUGCGGAAUUCCAAUUGAUUUGUGGAACCGAUGUUCGUCUAAGUUAGGCUUAAACUAGAGCUCAAAAUAUAUUUCCAACCCGCCGGGGCAAAUGACA